GUUGCAAGGUCGUUUACGAUCACAACUAGAAGCUAGCAAAUAACUCUCUGAAGAACGAAGGAGUAUUCGGUUCUAGGACAGAGAGUAUUGCCAGAUCUAAAAUAGGAUGGCUAGUCUUGAAGGGAAAGUUAUUUGUAUCACGGGGGGGGCCUCGGGAAUCGGUUUCGAACUCGCAAAGUCGGCCGCUCGACGUGGAGCAAGACUAUCCCUCUGCGAUAAUCAGAAGGAACAGUUAGCAAAUGCAGUCGCGAAUCUCAAGUCUACUGGUGCAGAUGUCCUCGGAACCGUCGUGGAUGUUACUUCUGAUAUGCAGGUCGAUAGCUGGAUCGCAUCCACGGUCGAACAUUUCGGGAAGCUUGACGGUGCCGCCAAUUUCGCGGGUGUUGAACGAAAACACGGCGUCUUUACGCAGAUUUCCGACGUCACCAACCAGGAAUGGGAAUUCGUUCUGUCUGUCAACUUGACCGGGGUCAUGUAUUGCAUUCGUGCUCAAGUAAAGGCCAUGAAACGCGGUGGUUCAAUUGUUAACGCGAGCAGUAUUGGGGGCCUACGAGGCAGGGAAGGUAUGGCGCCGUACUGCGUCGCCAAACACGGCGUGAUAGGUCUGACGCGAACGGCCGCACGGGAGAAUGGUGCGAAAGGCAUCAGAGUGAAUGCUGUUGCUCCAGGACCCAUUGAAACACCUAUGUUCCAGCGGCUACGAGAGACACCCAACGAUGAUCAUGACACGAAGAUGAUGACACCUAAUUCGAUGCCUCUUCAGCGGACCGGUCAGCCGGAGGAGGUUGCAGCGUUAGCAGCUUUCCUGCUUAGUGAUGAUGCAAGCUUCAUCACUGGCGCUGUAUAUACCGUUGAUGGUGGCGCAACCUCAUAACACAAACUAAUCUUAGAUACCUUAAGAAAGAGCAUCGCUUGCGCUAUGCAGCGACGCUGUGCCACCCAC